GAUGCUGCAGUGAAGGAUGCACUUGCCGUACGAGUCCAGGGGCCGUCGGCGCCGCGAGAUGGCCGAGCUCGAGCCCUGGUGGCUCCAGUCCAUCAUCGACGAAACGCUCGGCGAACAUCCUGACCUCGUACGGACCGGCAGCCCAGACUACAUGUGCUCCAUGCUGCCUCAACACUGGCGGUCGAACAAGACGCUACCAGGUGGCUUUAAGGUGGUAGCCCUAGGUGACGUGCUGGAUGGUACCCAGGUCACAGUGAGAGCUGGAAACGAUGAAAACUGCUCCGCUGAGCUUAGGAACAACACGGCUGUGAUGAAGAACAGGGUCGCCAAGUUCAAUGACCUGAGAUUUGUUGGAAGAAGUGGUAGAGGGAAAAGUUUUUCGUUAACAAUAACAAUAUCGACGACGCCACCUCAAGUAGCAACAUACCAAAAAGCCAUCAAAGUUACGGUCGAUGGACCUCGAGAGCCUCGCUCUAAAACUAGCACAAAUGCAUCGAGUCAUCAAAUCAGGACGAUCGGCUUCCAACGGCCUUUUAUCUCCGGCUCAUCGAUGGCGCUCCGCGAGAUGGAGUACAAGUCAUCGUCGAGGACGCUGCGGUCGCUCUCGCACGAGGAACGAGAAUAUAAGCCCAAUGCUAACUUACCACCUGAAGAGAAUACUGGUAACAUCCUCGGAGCAAGCGAGUGGAACACGGGCUACCCGUCUUCGACCUCCGUGUACCCAUCAUACGGGCCCCUUCAACCUGCCUACUACAAACCAGACCCUACGAUACACAUACCUGCGGUUCUUCCUGAAAUACCGCUUGGUCACACGCCAGACUACAGCGGGUUCCAGUCUAGCUCUACGGGAUACGUAAAAGGAAAUCCGAGCGCUACUAGCUGUACACUCACCGAUCUAAACACACCAGCUAUGACUACGCCGAGAUAUGACCCCAACUACAUUAACUCCUGGCCAACGAACAGCUAUAAUUACCAAUACAAUAACAUAAACAAUAACCCCGCUUGCCUUCAAUCUCAUACUCCUUAUAUUAAUUCAAACCCACAAAUGAUCCUUCCGAAUUUGACAUAUUCAACUGUCAAUCAGAAUCAAAUACAUGUCCACUUACACAGUUCAUCGGAUAAGUACAAUUUAGAACAAUAUAUGCCGAGUGAAAUAAAAAUAAACGAUAUAGAUGGCGGGAUUUCUAUUACAACGGAACUACCCGGUGCAGGGGAAUCAAGCGGUCUAGUGCAAACUUGUGAAUCUGCCGAUGAUGUUAAGCACGGACUUUAUGGAGCGGGAAAUCAAGAAGUUUGGCGACCCUAUUGACAGUUCGCUACACCUCUACACGAUAGUAAUCAACAUUCCAUUGUACAUAUUGUGAUAUAAUUUUGUGAAAUAAACUUUUUAUAGUUUCUAAUUGUAUAGAGAUAAUUUAGAUAUCAAUUAAUGUUAAACAUUAAUUAGAUGAUAAUUGUUAAUAAAUGUAUUCAAGUAAUGAUAAGAUAAAUUAACAUUUCAAGUUAUUUCGUUUUUCAUUAUCAUUUAAUUUGAUGAUUUUAUUACAAAAUAAUAAAAUACAAACAACUUCUGGAGACCAAA